AGAAGGCAGCUGUGUCUACCAGGAACAGCCUGCCUGUUGCAUUGUGUUUCCCACCCCGCUGCCUCCCCGCCUCUUCCCUUGCAAAAGGGAAGGGAGAAACGACAUCUCAAUUGUGGAGAUACCUGACCAAAACCAUCUCUCGUCCGUUGGCGUGUCAGAUCUGGUUGUUUUCUUACAGCCUUUGACCCUAUCAUGGCCUCCGGUCUAAACGCCAUCUUCCUUCUUCUCUGGCUCCUUCAGCGUGGAGGACGGCAGGUUGGUGGACAGAAAGUCUCAGUAAAACAAACCCCCCUGAUCCAGGUCGCUUUUGCCAAUGAAAAUGUAUCUAUGACGUGCCUGGUCAGCUACCCCUACAUGAAUGAAUACAUCACCUUCACAAUCCAUUAUUACUGGGUGAACUCAGAAGGCAAGAUAGUCACCAUCAACAAUCAUUCCGUAUCUGAAACAAUCCCCACUGGACAGACAAACCAGACAACAGAGAAGGAUUACCCACAUACAGUUGGGACACCAGAAAACCCCGCUGCUACUGGCACCUACUACUGCAAGGCCAGUUGGAGACGCAAAACAGAAACAGGAAAUGGGGUAUUCAUCCUUGUUAGAGACACAGGGUACAGAGAGCCCUCCCCGGGCAUGUGGAAAUUUCUCAUCGCUCUUACUACUAUCCUCACCAUACUGAGCAUCACUGAAACAGCUCUGCUGCUGUGGAAGAGAAAGAAAUACAAGAUGCAUGCAAACAUUUAUUUAACAUUUUGGAAUGUCAUGUGUUUACAACAGAUCUGUCAUUUAGUGUCUCGUCCUAAGUUGGUGGUGUGUCCUGGGAGAUGCCCAGAUGUCCUCCAGAGAUGCCCAGACCUAAGCACAGGAGCCCAAGCCCCUUCAGGAAGCUCAGAACCAUCUGGCUCCAUCUACACUUGCCUAGAAUCCCACCAAGCUGAGGUCUAUUCUGUCCUUGAGGAUAACACGAACAGCUUGUCGCUUGAGAAGAAUCCCACUGCUACGCCUCAAGACAUGAACAUCUCGCAGCCAGACAGGGUUGAAGACAGAAAUGAAGACUGUGGGAAAACAGGGAAGAAGAAGAAAAAGAAGAAAGAAAUGAAAUCUCAGCAAGAAACUCUGGAAGAACCCUUUGAUUCCCUGUAUGAGAAUAUCUAAGAGGAAAGACUAAUCGUGCUUGGACUACACAUCUCUGAGUAUGAGGGAACUGCCCCUCACAUCUUUAGUAUCCAUCUGAAUUCUCCAGAGACUCAUGGCACACUGAUGGCAGAGCCCCACGUUGGUCUCUUUCUAACCUGUUCUUUAUGGACCUCAGAAUUCCUUUGUUCUGCUCUCAGGGUGGCCCAGGCUGCAUGGGUGCGCCUGCAGAGGAUAUUGCUUUCAGUUAUUUAUAAGUCUGACUAUUAGCGAUUGUUUUAGUCAGGAUCUGUGCAAGUUUCCCUCACCCAGCUCUGGCGAUGCAUUUGAGUCUUGAUCUCUAGCACUUGUUGUACAAUACAGGGACCCCACUACUUUCUUUGACAGUGCACCUCAAUCCUGACCUGCAGCCCAUGCUAUCCCACUCCUAGCUCUCUCCUGUCAUGUCAAUAUGAACUUGAUAUAUGUCUAUUGAGGACCUGAUUGGGAGCCAAGGACCCCUGUUACCACCUUCCCUUUCUCAACAACUUCAAGCUGAAACAUGCUGAUGCAUAAAGCAAACUGACCUGCUAGCCCUGUACUGUAACUGCAGAUAUACAGUACAGCCCUGUGCUGCUCUGAAACAGUCUGUCGGAUUCAGCUCUGCAGGGUGAAUAUUUUCCUUUGAAUGCAAUCAACAGAAUAUGGUGGGGGGAGGCAGCAAGAAAAGAGAUGCAGAAAAUGAAGGAGUCUUCCCUGCCUGUGGACAUGUCUCAUUGGUGAUGUUCCUCCCAUGAUAAACUAUUUGGAGACAGGGCUUGUGAGAGCAGCUGCCCUGCUGGACUCUGUUCCGUUUAUAACCCUGUCCCAGGCUGAUGUCCCUCCCAGGAAGGGUGCUUAGAGGGAGCGUUAACAUUCUUCUUUUUAAUAGGUAUUGUUACAUAGUGUGAUUGGUUUUUUAAGCUCUGGCGUGGGCAGAUGUAAUAUCUUGGGGAGAAAUUGUCACCCCAUUGAAGUCAGUAGGAGUUUUGACAUUUAUUUCAUUGGGGCCAGGAUAUCACUCCUGGUGUUUAGAGUGGUAUUUCAAAAAAUGCAGCUAAACCAGUUUAUCAGACUCACAGUAUAUGGAGUAGAGGCCCUGUGUGUGAAUUUUCCAUCCAAGCUCUUAUCCUUGCCAUCACAUGGAUCUAGCCCAGGGGUGGCCACCCUGAGCCUGAGAAGGAGCCAGAAUUUACCAAUGUACAUUUCCAAAGAGCCACAGUAAUAUGUCAGCAGCCCCCAUCAACUCCCCCCACUCCAGCCCCUAGC